GACAGAGAUAACACGGGCGGCACGUCAGAGCGCUGCAGGCUACAGGAUCAGCUCAGAGGAGGAAGCAGCAUCUCGCUCUCUUAAAGCAAGUCCGCCAGGAGUUUUAUAGUCCCGAAGAUCAACCGGUACCAGCAUGCCUGUCAUCAGAACCCUCAGCAAGGUGGCCAAGCAGGCCCUGCUCAGCACCCCGGGGUGCGGCUGCCAGCCCCUGACGGUGGCUGUACGCAACAUCAGCUUCUCCCCUCGGCAGGUGACGUCUGACGCCAGCUUCCACUCCGUGUCCUUCUCUGAGACAGACCACCCCAAGGUGCUCAUUACAGGUGGCCUGGGUCAGCUCGGGGUGGGGCUCGCCAAACUCCUCAGGAAGAGGUUUGGCAAGAACAACGUCAUCCUGUCUGACAUCAGGAAACCUCCAAGCAACGUUUUCCACAGUGGCCCCUUCAUCUACUCAGACAUCCUGGACUACAAGAACCUGCGGGAAAUUGUGGUGAACAACCGCAUCACUUGGCUGGUUCACUACAGUGCCCUCCUCAGUGCUGUUGGAGAGGCUAACGUGGCCCUGGCGCGCUCUGUUAACAUCACCGGGCUUCACAACAUCUUGGACAUCGCAGCGGAGCACGGCCUGCGACUCUUUGUCCCCAGCACCAUCGGUGCCUUCGGCCCCACUUCUCCCCGCAACCCUACGCCCGAUCUCUGUGUGCAGAGACCUCGCACCAUCUAUGGCGUCUCCAAAGUCCACGCCGAGCUGAUGGGAGAGUACUACCACCACCGUUACGGCCUAGACUUCCGCUGUCUCCGUUACCCAGGAAUCAUCUCUGCUGACUCCAUGCCUGGAGGCGGCACAACAGACUACGCCGUCCAGAUUUUCCACGAUGCGAUCAAGACCGGCAAGUUUGAGUGCAACUUGAAACCCGACACGCGGCUGCCCAUGAUGUACAUUGACGACUGCCUGCGCGCCACGCUGGAGGUGAUGGAGGCGCCGGCCGACACGCUGAGCAUGAGGACCUACAACAUCAAUGCCAUGAGCUUCACCCCCGAGGAGCUGGCCCAGGAGCUCCAGAAGCAGAUGCCCGAGCUGGAGGUCACGUAUGACGUCGACCACGUACGACAGGCCAUCGCCGACAGUUGGCCGAUGAACUUUGACGACUCCAACGCGCGGAAGGACUGGGGCUGGAAGCACGAUUACGACCUCCCCGAGCUCGUCCAGACAAUGCUCAACUUCUUUGGCGCAGACACGCGCAUGGCUCGCGCCAACUGAGGGGGGGGUGGGACGUGCGUGACACCGCUCCUGGUAUUCUUUGUACAUAAUGUAAAGACUGACCAAAGAGAGUAGGGAAACAUGGUCUGUACAUAGUCGUUCUCUCACUUCUCUCCGUAAAAUCAGAAGGGCUCUGCUUGCCUGGCACGAGGCUACCGUGUCGUCAGAACGUAAAGGUCAGCGCGGGCCAGACAAUCCUCCCCCUGCUCCUGCCUGUCCGCCCCUGCUUUGCUCUCUCUACCCCCUUUUUUCUCCUUUGGAGGUUUGGCGAGGAGCGGCCUGUCGAUCGAAGGUUGUCAGCGGUAUCGGUGAUAACGACUUGUUUGAGUGGUAAGGAAGAGGGACUUGCAUGUUGAUGAAUUGUGCGACUUUUUGCACACACACAAACAACAGUUAGCAAUCAGCACAAAUGAGGAUGUCGCAUUGUGCGUUUGUAAGCGUCUCCACCUGUUUUCCUUUGGAAACGGGUCAGGGUUUCGUUUUCUGCUAAAUUUGUAAGUAGUGUCAAAAUCCAGGUAUUCGUCUUUUGGCUAAAAUCAAGUAUGUGUACAAAUAGACGAGUUGCGUCCUCUGAUGCACUUUAGAAAGAUUUGUCUUAAAAUUGCCGACAAGUAAAUGAGCCUAAUCACCUGCGGGGGCGAUUUCUGAUACAGCGUGUCUGUAUUUCAAGCAGUGCGGAGCGAUAAUUCUCAAGAACUGUUCUUCUGUUUAUUCCACGUCACGUUAUUUAUUCUGUCUGUUGGUGUUAAACACGUGGGAGCUUCAUCGAGUGAAGGCAUUUCUUUACACUCUUGUUUCCAAGUGUUCCUGUCCACUUUUAUUGUGUUUUUUUUUUUUUUUUCAUCAACUCUGGGGGAAUAUUUUGACACAAAAGGGAAAUGUGACACUGUAUGCCACAUUUAGUAUGUUUAGCCACAUUUGGUGGUUGCUGUAUUUCAACAUUUUGUAAAGGAAAUGCUGGAAUUGGUUUCUAUGUGAAAGUUUCUGUCUGUUCUUUCAAUCACAACAAGCUUUGACAAUAAAACCUUUUUCCACA